AUGGGGCGGGGGCGCCCCCCUCCUAUACAUUCUUAUAUUCACCUCCUAGUUUACUCCCCCACAGAGCUUUACGCCUACCAGAGGCGGAGUACCUGCCUCGAGUUCAACGUGACGCACCGCUUCCGGGAGCAAUACACCUACAACCGAGAGCUGUUCGUCCAGUUGGACAGCGCCGUGGGGCUGUUUGCCACCGUGUCCGACAUCACGGCCAAGAACUGGAACAUUCACAGGGAGUUCCUGGCCCUGAGACGGAGCGCCGUGGACUCCGUGUGCAAGCACAACUUCGACCUGGACGAGGGUUUCACGCUGAAGCGCCGAGUCCAGCCUCAAGUGCAUGUCUCUCCCUCCAAGAAGGGGCAUCCGCAGCACCACAACCUGCUUGUUUGCCACGUGUCAGAUUUCUACCCAGGCCACAUUCAAGUCCGCUGGUUCUUGAAUGGACAGGAGGAAACAGCUGGGGUUUUAUCCACCAACUCAAUGCAUAAUGGAGACUGGACCUUCCAGACCCUGGUGAUGCUGGAAAUGACCCCCCGGCAGGGAGACGUCUACGCCUGCCAAGUGGAGCACCCCAGCCUAGAUGGUCCUGUCACCGUGGAGUGGAAGGCACAGCCUGAUUCUGCCUGGAGCAAGAUGCUGGCUGGAGUCGGAGGCUUUGUGCUAGGGCUCAUCGCCCUCGGAGCGAGCUUCAUUCUCCAUUGUAGAAGCCAGCGAGGUAAGAACCUUCUGGAAAGUGGUUGACACUGUCCACUCUCUCGCUGUUCUUCAGUGAUGAAGUUGUGACAGAAAAGCAAAACAACAGAGCGAAAAGAGGCCACUGAAAUCAGACUCUGAUGAGGCAAAGACAGCCCUGUGGGGUGGAAGGUGCCUAGCCCGAGAUCUGGCCCAGUAAGAUACCCGAGACUGCUAGUUACCCUCUUCAGCAGGGUGUUCUUUUCAGCCUGGGGACUCAGACCUACAGAGUGGGCCCCGCUUUCAUUCCCAGUGACAUGGAGACUGCGGUGGAAAUGUUUGGAUAAUUUUCCAAGAUGUUGUUGCUCCUUACUCUCUCAAUGACCGAAUCCAUCUUCCUUUUUACUUCCAUUUCAGGAUGACAGGGACCUCAGCCAACAGGUGGUAUUUCUGCUCCCUUCUUCCUUAUCGGGAUGUAAUUCAUUUCAUUGCAGCAGGAGACUGGGAGCAUUCAAUGAGUAUGCUGUGUUCAGGAUAGAUCACAGGAAG